GGGACCCUUAGGGUGUGCAUGGAGUGGGUGCUGUCAGCAUCUCGGCUGCACCCCCCGAGCCCCCCGCUGUGACCCCUGAGACCCCUGAUUGAUAGCAGCCCUGUGAGCACCCCAUCGGGAUUGCCUGAGAGCCGUAGCUGCAACCCCACUGUGACCCUCCGAGCGCCCCAUUGUGACCGAGUGCCCCACUGCAACCCCUUGAGAACCCAAUUGCAACCCCAUUGGAACCCCCGUGCGACCCCCUGAGCAUCCCACUUACAAACCCUGAGCACCCCAAUGCAGCUUCCCAGGUUCCCCAAUGCAGCCCCACAACCACCCCGUUGAGACCCCCAAGCGCCCCACCUGCACCCCCGUCCUCUUGGGGCAGCCCCCCGGUGCAUCCCCGUGCUGAUCCCCCGCACACCCCAUACAGACCCCCCCUCCAUCCCAUGGCAGCAGUGGGCAUCCCUUUCUCUCCCCACGACCUUGUGUUUGCCGCAGGCCUGGCAGCGGGCGCAGUGCCCCCCAACCCCACAGAUGGUUCCAAUGCCAUCUAACAGCAGAGUCUCCCUGCACCCUGACUGGGGGCAACGUUUUAGUUUUGCUUUCUCCGCCGUGAGGAGGAAGCUUUGUUCGGUGCUUUGUUUCCUUUCCAAACCACGCCGUGCCUUUUGUAACCUUGCAGAAAUCCUUUCCAACUGCUCCGUGCUCCCCUUCCCUCCUACCCCUGCCUGCAGCAAAACCACCGGGCAGCGCAGCGGGGCUGGGGGUGACAGCUCAGGGCUGUGGGGCACAAAGCGGCCGUGGUUGCCUGAGUGUUUUCCAAGCUUUGAUAGUAGGGAAAUCACCCCAGAGCGGGAUGCAGUGCAGCAGCCCCAACUGAAGGCAGUGCCCAGCUCCAAGGGUUUCUCUGCGCUGUUACCUUCUCCGGGCUGGGAGAGGGUGAAGGGGGGGGGGGGAGCAGCUCUGGAUCCCCAUGGUUUUUGCACCUCAAUUCCCAUUGGGUUUAACAGCAGUGUGGAGUGCUGUGACUUAAUGGGAACGGUGCUUUGUGUGCUGAGUGCUCCAAACCCUGCUGCUCGGGCACAGGAGCCCCCCAUGGGCACGCCAUGCCCAAACUGCCCUGCUGUACCCCACCCCGCUCCAUGGGCACUGCCCGGUCAAACCCCAUUUUCUGCAUGCUUUAUUUACAAGGAAAAGCAUUCCAGCCCCAGCAGCUCAAUGCAUGUGGAAAGGCAUAGAGCAGCACAACCAAGCAGGAGGUGCAGCUCCAUCCUUCGUGGCUUAAGGUGCGUAAAGAGGAGCCGCACACCAGGAAAUGCAGCCUUCAGAUCCCCAAACCACGCGGCUUCUGCUCAGCGCUGGGGGCUGUGGCACUGCGCUGGCUGUCAUCCUGCUCGGAACGGAAUGAGUGAUGAAAUCCGGAGUGUCUGUGCGGAAGCUGAAGGAGAAAGGAGGGGCCAAAAGCAGGGCGGCACGCAGGCUGUGAGCAACGCCGCAGCGUGGAGCCCGGCGGCUCGGGGAGCUCUUUGCCUUUGUGCAGCUGGGAAGUUGUUCCUGGUUGUGAGCUUGAGCCCGGUUCUUUUGCAUUGAAAGCGUUAUGCAAGGCUGUGAUGGAGGGGUGAGAUCCGGGAGGAGCCGCUUUGCAACUUUGCAAGGGUUCUUGUAGGGACAACGUCUCCCCUGGGGAUGCUGAGGGAGCCCAGCCAUCCCUUGGCAUGCCUGCACAUCCAGCAGGGAUUUGCAAGCAGCUCCCUCAAAGAGGGGAAUGAACACGGGGUGGGCUGGGAAUUAACAGCGUGGCUUUAAUUGCAUCUUGGUGCCUCCUGUUGUCCAUCUCUCCCAGCUACCCCAGCACUGCAGGAGCUUCCUGCAAAACCAUUGCAGUGUGCCCCCCCGUGAACUGGGCUGGCAAUGGGGCUCAGUGCAGGGGCAUCCCAGAGGUUUGUGCUUCUUUUUGCUGUGGGCUGUGGGGCGUUCCUUUCCUUCCUGGGGGCACAGCACUGAUGUGUGACCCACGUGUGUCCCACAGGCCUGUGCUGCUUCUGCUUCCCCUCAUCCCACGCGGAAGGGGAGGCUGCUGCUGAGCACCCAGUGGUAUUUUAAGGCUGUGUAGGAGAAAGAGGGGGGUGAGGGACAGACGCAGCAGUGCCGUUCCAGCUCCCCCAGCUACAGGACUGUGGCUGUGCUGGUGGAGGUGGAGCAGCAUCAGCUGGAGCUGCUGGGAGCAGUGCAGCCAGACUUUGUCCCAGAACCGUCACAGUGCAAUUUGGAUUCAGUUAUGGAUAUUUUUCCAUUGCCAGGGGGAAGGGAAGGAAGGAGCCAGCAGUGUGCCUGCAGGCUGCAGUGCGGUCCCUUUGCUGGCGUGCUGUGGGCUGAGGCUGGUGGUCAGAGCUGUGCUGCUCAGCUCCCAGCUGUGUGCUGCCAACCUUGGGGAGGAAUCAGGCUCAGCUCCAUCUCCAGAGCACCCCUCAGGCUCUGCCUUUCGGAACCACAAAGCACAGAGGUGCUGCUCCCAUCCUGUAUGAGGACUGAGGUCUGAUGGAUCCCAGCCCUGCUGCAUCCCAGAGCUGCACGUCCCCUCAGCCCCACUUCAGGGAGCAGCCAUGCUGCUGUGCCUUGCAGUGCAAACGGCUUCUGGGGAUGUUAUUUCCUGCAGAGUGCUGUGGGGUCCCUGCUUGGCCCUGAGCUGUGCCAUCCUUUUGCUCAUUGCUGCGUGCGAGACGUGAAUUCGGAGCCCAGUGCAGCGCUCAGGUUCUGCUUGGAGCCUGAAGUAAUUACUGAGUCAUUGCUCCAAUGUCUCUUCCCAGCUUUGCAGAGCUCGUUCUGUCCCUGUGUCUGAGGUCCCUGUGCCUCCCUGCAGCCACCACUGGCCCUAUGCAGGAAAAUAUCAGCAUAUACUGCGUAUCAGCGUGGUGCAAAGCAAUGCAGGCAGCGCAUCCCUGCAGGGCAGAGAGGUGCACACUGCAGGGCGGCACGGGGCUGCUGUGGGGACACUGCUGCUGUCUGAGGAGCAGUGGGAUGGAGGGAUUCCCCAGGGGUGGGAGCCGGGAGGAGCAGAUCAGAGCUGCAGGUUGGGCUGCAGGUUGGGCUGCGUGCCCUCGCGAUGCGCUGCUUCCAUUGCCAAAGGAUCAUUUUUAGAGGCUGACAGCUGCUGUCUGACAGCCAGAGCUGGGUGCUAGAAAGCCUGAGCGCUUCCCAAAUGCCGCCCCCUCUGGUUUUUCACGUAGGUGGGGGGGUGAGGUUUUGCUGGGGGUGCAAAUGGUGGCACCUGGGGAUGCUGCUGGGACAGCGAUGCCACCUGCAGGGCUUGGGGAGGAGGCAGCGAGGAAGCAGCCAGGUGUGUUUCCCCAAAACCUGCAUCACCGUGCUGGAAAUGGUGUGAGCACAGCAGGGUGGGAGAGCUGCAGGGCCUGAGUUCUGUGCCCUGAGUCCGUGGGGCUCUUUGAUGUGGGAUUCCCACCUCCUUCAGGCUGCAGAUAUGGGGUGAGAUCACCCCCAAGCACAGCACACGUUCCCUUUGGUGUCAGCUGGUGGCUGUUCUGUUGUCGGGAAUAACAGGAAAGGAUUUGGAAGCACUGAUGCAGCUGGUGCCACAGAAGUGUAAAAUUGUCGUGCUAAUUAAUUGAAACAGCCCCUGAUUAAUGCAGACUCACUGUGUUCCCACUGCCUUAUGGGGGAAGGAUCCAAAUGCUGUGCUUUGCCUUCACCCUCUGCUUUGCUGGCUCAGGAAGCCAUGGCAGUUAAUUCUUCUUACUCUGCCUGUUGCUGAAAGCUGAGCAAGAAACCACCCAAAACUUGAGGGGAAGAAAGCUCUUCAUCUGCAAGACAGAGCCAGGCAUUGCAUGGAACUGCUUCAGGGGCUGCCCUGGGUGCUGGGGCUGCGCUGCUCUCAGAGCAUCCUUCUGUGUGCUGCUCUGCAGGCAGAGCUGUGGGUGCUGAGAGAGGAAACGUGAAGGAAAGCAAUGAUGAAUUGCUGCAGCUGCCUUGUAAACAUUUGAGUUCUUUUUUUUCCCCAAGGCUUAAUUUGUUCAAAUGAAAGCUGAAAUCCAUCAGGAACGCACUGCCAAAGCUCUGAGCAUCCGCACACAGCACCUAUCGCUGCUGGUCAGGGCUGCUGUGGCUCCGCAGUCUCAGCUGCAAAGUGCAGCAAUGGAGCUGAGAGUUGAGGAGUUUCUUUGGCCACGUGUUGGAGCUGCGUGCUGCUCGAGGCAGUGAUUGCCAUCUGUGCUGGGGCAGAGGAGCACACGUGUGCUUCUGCUUGGGAGCAAGGACGUGAAAUGCAGGCCUUUGGUGGCACACACGCAUGGCUGCAUGUUGGAUCGCUGCUGCGGUGGGAAUGGAUCAGCUUUGCCCAUUCCUGCUUUGCUUGCAGGGCUCCGUCCCCAUGGGGAUGGGUUUGGUGGGGACAGCGGUGACCAAAGGCUCAGCACACGGCUGGGGGAGAUCCCAGAGCAGAAGGUCGAAGAGUGCAAAGUAGUUGUGAUCAGAAGGGGACGGGUGCAUCUCCAUGGGCCGCACAGUUGCAGUGCAAUUGGCCCUGGGGGCAUCUCCUGAGUUCCAUGUAGUGGGUGGUGGUGGCAGGGAAGCAAAUCCCCUCUCUCUGCUGAGCCUGCAGGAGGCACCUUUGCAGAAGCAGGCUGGGCUCCCUUUGCACCUUUACAGCUGGCUUCUUCCAGUGCUUAGGAAUCACAGCGUGCUGGAUGUGUGGGGCAGGGCAGGAGGGAAGGAGGGCAGGUGGGAAGGAAAGAAAGGCAGAUCAUAAGGAAGGAUGGAAG